UGUACUUCUUAUCCUAGCUGUCUUGUUCUGAGGUGCAUGGCGCAGCGAGAGUGACGAGGAAUAUUGCUAAUCUGGGAAUAUUAUAACCGUGGAUAUUUUUGGAAAUCAUGCAGAAAUCUUGAAAUGAGAGUGUGAGAUGCUAUCACUUCCGAGAGUGUGGAUUAAUAUCACUGCCCCAUUGAUGAAUACGACCAGAACGGCUCUCAGGAAUAGCUGCUGCUGCUGCAUUCAUAAACACUUCUUUAGGACUCACAACAACCCCUGAGCUUUGUUUUGGCAUCAUUAAACAUUACAGAUUGUUGUUGUGUGCGUGGGUUGGCGAUGGCUGAAAAAGGUAAAAUGAGUGCAGAACAUCUCGGUGGAGUUGUCAGGCUCCGAGAGGAACAGGAAAAGGUGGUGAAAAACUGUGAAAGUCGGAUUGAGCACUGGUUAGAAGUGUCAGGAGACUAUGAAGCACUGAACGACCGUCUCAAAACUCUUCCAGAUCAACUGUCUUAUGAUAUAAUGGUACCGUUUGGUCCCUUGGCCUUCAUGCCUGGGAAGCUGGUCCACACUAAUGAAGUCACAGUGUUGCUUGGAGACAACUGGUUCACUAAGUGUUCUGCCAAGCAGGCUCAGAAAAUUGUGGAUCACAGGUUGAAAUAUGUGAAGCAGGAACUUGAUGAUCUGACAAAGACAAUAAAAAACUUUGAAGCCAGAGUUGGAUUCGCAAAGGACUUGGAGACUAUGUCAACAGGCAAAGGGGACUUCGUUGACAUCAGAGAGGAGGUCGGAAACAUUGAUGCUUCUGUCAUCAAAGGAAAGCAAAGAAUAGCACACAAGCCAAAGUCUAAGCCCAAGCUGGACGCUGUGUUCGAUCUAAAUGAGGAGGAUGAAGAGAGUGGAUAUGGAGAGGACAAAAAAGGCAUCUUGACUGAGGAGGAGCUGUGGGCUAGACUGGAUGAGCUGGAGAAACUGGAGGAGCUACAAGAUGAGCAGGACAGAUUAUCUGAUACUACAGACAUGAAUGGUGAGGACACAUCAUCCUCUUCCUCAGAGGAGGAGAAGGAGGGAGAUCCGACCCCACCUGUAAAUGGUCUGAGUCUGAAGCCAAGUUGGGCCACCAUGCCUCACAGUACAGCACCACCUAGCACUGACAGAGAAGAGGAAGAAGAUGAAGAAGAGGAUGGCAACUGUUUGCCAACCAUCUAUUUCUCUCACACAGUUGAACCCAAGAAGGUGAGGAUAAACACGGGAAAAAAUACCACAUUGAAGUUCAGUGAAAGAAAAGAGCAGAAAGAUCAGAAGAGGAAAAAGAAAAAUGGACACAGUAACGGACACUCACAUCAUGAACUUCACAAAAUUACAACACCGGCGGACAUCUACAGGUUAUUUGUCGAUAUGAAGAACGGAGAACCCAUUCCCAGGAAGUCCAUCUUAAAAUCACGUAGCCGAGAGAACAGCGUGUGCAGUGACACGAGCGAGAGCAGCGCAGCCGACUUCGAAGAGCGACGAAUAACCGGGCGCAGCUUCAGUCACGACGAGACGACACAUAGUGACACCAGUGACGGCAUAACGGAGGAGGACAGUCCCACAGUAGUCCCACUGCACCCCGCCAGUCGAUUUGAGGCCUUUUCAGGUACAGUGGUUGAAAAGGACCCCAUGCCUUUAACUGUUCCCCAUCUGACUAUUGCUCAACCUGCUCUUCCAACCAUUCUGGAGAGGAAACAGGAGGAGGUGGCACCUGAAGCUUCCCCGCCCCAACAGCCUCCGAAAAGAGUGUCAAAGUUCAAAGCUGCAAGGUUACAGCAGAAGUGACUUUUAACGAACGAAAACAUUUCAUAAUAUCUUCUUUUUUUUUUUAACCUGUUUUGUUUUUUCUACGGCUGAUAUACUGAACAAACCACAACCCCUUUUGUCUUCUCUUUACUGUCUUUUGCUCAUUUUUAAUCCACUUUCUUGUUUUAACCAUACAGGGUUUCUGUCAUUGAAAGUUCAGUGAGGAGGAAAAAAUACCAAAACUUAAGUAAAAUCAGCCUUUUGUGUAGCAGUACAAGCUCCAGUUUAUGGUAAAUGCUGCUCAUUUUGUUGAACUGCACCAACAGUAGACAUGACACUUAACAGCUGCCCAUCUAUUCACAGGGCUUGUGUUUUUUUCAAUCUGCUGCUUUUUCCUAAGAACUUGUGCUUUCUUGUCUGCAUUUUUCUGCCGAUCUCUGAUGUUGCCACUUUUUGUAAGACUAGGCUUUGCCACAUAGGACGAGUUGCCUUUUUUUGAUUCUUUUUCAAGUAUGUAUUAUUCAGUAGAAGCAGGUCCCCGCUUAGCUAUCAUUUUCCUUCUCUUGACCUACCUAAUGAAUGUACGUAUUCCUUUGUGACAAGCUUUAUCUACAGACUAAAAAGAAUAUUGAUGUUAACUAAACAAAAAAAUAAAUGAUUUUGGCUACAA